CGCCCCUAAACCAACGUACUGACAACGCUACCUCCCCGGAACUCAAAUUUUAACUGCUCAGCUCUGGACAUUACGUCGCCAUGGCAACAAAACAAGGAUCAGCCGGGUCGGGUGCGAAGCCUAAAAUGACUGAUUACAGAGCUGAAAACGCUUUGUUGAAGACAAGGGUUAAAGAGCUUGAGUCAGAGGUCGGCCAUUGUAAGCAGAGACUAGAUGAACUCAGGAAAGCCAAGAACACAACUAUACUGAAGCGAGAAAGGGAGAUAGUAAAUGUGAGCGGACCUGGCCUUGGAAGGAGGGAGAGUGGAAGAUCCUUAUCAAGUGACUGCGACCAUUCAGAACUUGAGAAGCAGUUGGCAGAGUCGGAAAGGAAGGCUAAAGGUCUUGAGAAGGAGCUUAGUAACCAUAUGAACAAACCAAGGGAAGUGCAAAAGGUCAAGCAAACAUCGUGCAACCAUGAGGAAUUGAUCACCCAGUUGAAAUAUGAGAUAAACGGUCUUGAAGGCGACCGGGCCGCGUUACUCCUCGAGAAUGAGGACCUGACGAAGAGUGUUGCUGGUUUGUUGACGGAGCUGAGUCUGAAAGAGGCAAACUGGUGUGAGAAGGAGGAAGAGUUGAAUCAAAAGUUGAAGCAGCAGUGGGGUGAUAAGUACAGGCAGUGGAUGGAAGAGACUGAGAAGAAGCUGUUUGAACUACAGCAGGCUAAUCAGUUGAUGAGGACACUGCUAAAGAAACCAAAACCUGGAGAUGACAGUGGUGGAGCCGCUCCGUGAGGGUGGCCAUUCCGAAAUAUUGAGCUGGGAUAGUGUCCAUGGUGGCCAUAUUAUAAACGUGUUGGUUCUUGUCUACAAAUCAGUCUCCGUCCAUAGAUGAUAUAGAGUAAGGGAAUGUACAGAUGUCAGUCUCCGUCCAUAGAUGAUAUAGAGUAAGGGAAUGUACAGAUGUCAGUCUCCGUCCAUAGAUGAUAUAGAUUAAGGGAAUGUACAGAUGUCAGUCUCCGUCCAUAGAUGAUAUAGAGUAAGGGAACAUACUGAAGUCAGUCUCCGUCCAUAAAUGCUGUGGUGUAAGACAACAAGAGACAUCGAGUCUAGUCAUAGUGUGAAGUAGAGUGGUGGUUGAAUUCGUUGUUUAUUGAGAGAACUGUCUGGUAUGAAGUGUAGUUUUGUAUGUAUAUCCUGCAAGUAUCUUGCAAGCUAGAGAAAUGAACUUUCCGUCCAUUCAAAGAUUGAUAUUUUUGUCUUCGAACCGAACUUAUUUUUUUGUGGCACAAUCUAUUUUUAUAUAGAAGACCUUCAGUCAUUUACGUCCAUUAAAACAGGUUAUUUAUUGC